GCUCAACUGGCUGCCAACUGACACUUUGAAAAGACAAAUCUGCAGCGGUGUUUAAGUACUCACCCUGUUGUCUCAUGGUCCCAAACUUAUUUAUGGACAAAUUUGAAAUUCUUCUUCUACCUGCUUAGCAUGGCAUAUGUAUUAAAGACACUCAACAGCUGGUUCUGGUGGGAGAACUUAUGGAUGCCUGCCAAUUGCACAUGGGCAGAUCUUGAAGACCAUGAUGGCAUCGUCUUUCCAAAGCCAUAUCAAUUAUAUGCCACGAUACCAUAUGCUUUUGUGAUGCUGAUGGUCCGAUUCUUGAUAGAAAGAUAUAUUGCCAUACCUCUAGCAAAAGCUUUAGGUAUAAAGAACGUAACACGAGUGAAGCCGCAGCCAAAUGCUGUUUUAGAGAAGUAUUUCCGAAAAUGCACAAAACAUCCAUCCCAAUCUGAGAUUCAAGGCCUGGCCAAAAAGUGUAACUGGACAGUUCAUUUGGUGGAAAAGUGGUUUAGGAGACGGCGAAAUCUUGAGCUCCCAACGAUGCUUCAGAAAUUCCAGGAAGCUUGCUGGCGAUUUUCAUUUUAUCUCACAUCAUCCAUUGCUGGAUUUAUAUUUCUAUAUGAUAAACCUUGGUUUUAUGAUAUAUGGCAAGUGUGGGUUGGCUAUCCAUUUCAGUCCUUGCUGUUGUCCCAAUAUUGGUACUACAUGGCCGAGAUUAGUUUUUAUUGGUCUCUGUUGUUUACCCUUGGUACUGACAUCAAAAGGAAGGACUUUAUGGCCCAUGUCAUUCACCAUUUGGCAGCCAUUGUUUUGAUGGCCUGUUCUUGGUGUAGCAAUUAUGUUCGUAUUGGGACCUUAGUGAUGAUUGUACAUGAUACUGCAGACUUCUGGCUUGAGUCAGCCAAAAUGUUUAAUUACGCUCGCUGGGAAAAAACCUGCAAUGCUCUCUUCGUCAUCUUCUCCGUCGUGUUCUUCAUCACAAGGCUUAUCCUUUUCCCUUUUUGGAUUUUACGUGGCACAUUAUAUCUGCCUACAUUUUACUCCUCAACAAUCGUCAUAGCAUAUUUCAUCUUCAAUGGGCAGCUUCUAAUUCUGCAAGGGCUCCAUAUAUACUGGGGCUACUUUGUUCUCAAAAUUUUGAAUAAAUUCCUGUUCCUAAAGGACUUGAAAGAUGACCGGAGUGAUGAUGAAGAGGAAGACUCCCUCACUGAUAAUGAAGAGUGUACGAAGAAUGGCAGCAAGAAUGGCUGUGGGUUGAGCAGACACCAAUUCUUAAACAAUAAUCAUUAGAUUCAAGCCUGCACCAUCGCUUAACCCAACCUACAGUAUAGAGCUUAAAGUCAACAGGUUUAAGAGAGUGUGUGAUUGAUUUAUUGCUGGUUACUAGACCUGGAAGGAAGCCCAUUUUAGAAAGGGGGUGGGGAGACUUCUUAACAUGAUAAAAUGUGUUAAUGACCCACUUUCUGAAUUACUGCAUACAAGUGUGUGAAAAACAUACCUAGAAUCUGUAAAUCACUCUUGAAAUGCUCAAGAAUUUCAAAACUAUCUCAGAACACUUAAAAUCUAAUGAAUUUAAUCAUACAUUGCAAAUCUGAGAAAAGCCAGGCAACUUUACUCAAUAAUUUGAGUGGCGUUUCCAUAUAUUUUUUGAAGUGUUUAGCUGAUGUGAACCCCACUGAAGAUCAGGAUUGCAAGAGAAAUCUAUAACACUGGGAUAUAUUAUCUAGCAUUUUAUGCAUCCUGUUUGCGUUUCAGCCCUUAGCACUGGGCUGCUGCUUGUGAAUGAGAUCUAAUUCCCAUGUGGCUGGGGGAAGCUAGCAAGUAGGCGCUGGGGCUAUUAUUCAAGUUUUUGUUUGUGCCUCCCUGAAAUGCUUCUUUCGCUUGAAGAAGCAAUUGUUAGAUCCUUGG